GAAGGGGGAGAGCAAAAGGGAGAGAGGGAGGGAGUGGCUGGGACUAUAUAAGCCAGGAGAGAAGCGUCACCAGCUCAGAUCCCGACGUGCAGUGGUCGGGUGAGGGCGAAUCUCCUCCUCCGUGUCCUGCCACUCUCCCCUCACUGUCCCCUCAGCCUCUCUCCCCUCGCACAAGAUAGCGCGGGUCUGUGGGGCGGGGUAAGACUGGUCUGUGCUCCGGUGCGUGCUUCGGUGGUUCAGUUCGGUUCCUGAGGGUUUGAAACGUGGCUUCGUAACUUCACGAUCAAAUUUCAAGAAAGUUUGGGUAGUCUGAAGUUUCCUUUCUCCUUUCCUUUCCUUUUUUUAUUUACUAUCCCCUUAUCCCCUUUUAUUUUCCUCCUCUUCUCCCUUCCCCCACUCCCUCUCUCGUUCCCCCCCCUCCAACAAAAAGACCCUCCCAGCAACACAGCAUCCCAGCAAAUGACUGUGUGUACGUGACGCAAUCCUCUGUGACUGUUUAAGUAACUGUGCGUGUACGUAACUGUGUGCACGUGACUCAAGCCUGUGUACGUGUAGUGACCAACGUGACGUGACGCUCCUGUGUGUACGUAACUUCUCGUGUACGUAAACUUGCCAGCCUGUGCACAUGGGUUGAUUAAGAAGACGAUCUACUGUACACACACACACACACACACAUACACACACAUACACACCAUGUACGUCAAAAAAACAACACUAGUGAUGGCCACGUACAUGAAACCCUGACACACACACACACACACACACACACACACACACAUACGUACACAAGCAAGCAAAGCCGUGCACAUGGCCACGAACACACACACAUGUAUGGAAGCUACACGUACAUAGAGCUGAACGAGUGUGAUCUUGUGUACGUAAACAAGACACAAAAAUGCACAUGACGGAGUGGGCAGUAGGAGGAAGUGAUGACGGAGGAGGAGGAGGAGGAGGAGGAGAAGACAGUGGAGGAGGACUGGACAUCGCGGAAGGAGGCACGGGGAAUAUCAUAGAAGCAGUGACGAAGGAAUCAAGUUUAAACCUCCAGUCCCUAACUUUUCUCAACCUCGCCUCUCUGGAUGGAAACCUGAGCGGGUACCUCUCACACAACCUCACACAACUCCUCAACCUGACGAAGGACUUGGACUUCAGCUUCGUGAACAAGUUUACGAACAACAGACGUGUGAGUGAGGCUGCCUUCGCGUCCCUGCUCACCGCUUACGGCCUUCUCAUUGUCCUCGGUGCAGCUGGAAAUUCCCUCGUGGUUCUCGCCGUCAUCAGGAAGCCAGCGAUGCGGACAGCAAGAAAUGUCUUUAUCAUCAACCUCGCCAUCUCAGACCUCCUCCUGUGUCUGGUGACAAUGCCCCUCACCCUCAUGGAGCUCCUGACGCAGUACUGGCCGCUCGGGGACACGCCUUUCGUCUGCAGGCUCGUCGGAACUCUGCAGGCCACGUCCAUCUUUGUGUCCACCAUAUCCAUCACAGCCAUUGCGCUUGAUAGAUAUCACGUGAUCGUGUACCCGACUCAGACGUCCAUGCAGAAGGUCGGGGCGGUGAGCAGCCUGCUGGUGGUGUGGGUGCUUGCCUUCCUGCUGGCGCUGCCCAACUUCCUGUGGCGCAGCUUGGAACACCACAGCGUGAACCUGCCGGGGCUGGAAGUGGUGAGUUUCUGCUUUGAGGACUGGCCCUUCCAGCACGGCCGCGCCUACUACAGCGUGGCGGUGAUCGUGGUGCAGUACUGCCUUCCCAUCCUCACUGUGAGCAUCGCGCACGCCCGCAUCUGCACUAAGCUGAAGUACCGCAUGACCAGCGCCGCCAGCAGAGCCUCACGCACCAGGAAGGAGGACAUGAGGAUGCGCAAGACAAACACGCUGCUGGUGGCCAUAGCGCUCAUCUUCUGCCUGUCCUGGAUGCCUCUCAACCUGUACAACGUAAUCGUGGACCUGCACAACCCCUUCGGCGACAAUACGGAGCUCAUGCUGGUGGUGUACGCCGUGUGUCACAUGGCGGGGAUGUCCUCUGCCUGCUCCAACCCGCUGCUGUAUGGCUGGCUCAACGACAACUUCAGAAAGGAGUUUUUAGAGGUUUUCGACAUCUUGUGCCCCUGCUGUGCCUGCCCCGCCUCCACGUCCCGCAUGGGCAGCCUCAGGACCAGCAGGGGCGGCGGCACGGUCAAGGACAGCCUGACGGGGGCGCCGCAUCACCACCCAGUCGUCCUCUACACUAAAGCCGCGGAGGAGCAGACGUCCAAUGGCAUCAGUUUAGACUUUCAAGAACAUGAGGUGACCUUCAUCUCACAGGUUGUCACCACCACCACGCUCUAGAUCCCAACAAAGAGAGACCACGUGACCUUCUCCUUGACCUCCGCAUGCCAUCACGUUACCCAAGUUGACCUGACCUUACUGCUGUUAUUAUUAUUAUUAUUAUUAUUAUUAUUAUUAUUAUUAUUAUUAUUAUUAUUAUUA